AUGACUACGCGAAACAUCUCUCGGUUUUGGGAAUGGGGCAGGAAGAUAAUUUGCGUUGGGAGAAACUACGCAGACCACGCCAAAGAGCUGAAGAAUGCGAUUCCAACAGAGCCAAUCCUGUUCUUGAAGCCACCUUCUGCAUAUGUCAGAGAGGGCUGCCCCAUCCUGGUUCCGCUGUACUCCAGCAACCUGCACCAUGAGGUGGAAUUAGGGGUGGUCAUCGGGAAAGGGGGCACGGCGAUCCCUCAGUCCACCGCUAUGGAGCACGUCGCAGGCUACGCGCUGUGCUUGGACAUGACAGCUAGGGACAUCCAAGACGAGUGCAAGUCCAAAGGUUUGCCCUGGACCAUGGCCAAAGCUUUCAACACCUCCUGCCCCGUCAGUGAGUUCAUCCCCAAAGAGCGUAUCCCUGAACCGGGCAACGUCAAGCUGUGGCUAAAGGUGAACGACCAGCUGCGACAGAGCGGCUGCACCUCCCAGAUGAUCUUCUCCAUCCCAUUUCUCAUCAGCUACAUCAGCGACUUCAUCACGCUGGAGGAGGGGGAUCUCAUCCUGACCGGGACCCCAAAAGGAGUGUCAUCUGUGCAGGAGCAUGAUGAGUUGCAGGCUGGGAUCCAAGACGUUGUCACCAUGACCUUCAAAGUAGACAGACCAGAUCAGUAGUGAAAACAGCAAAAAAAAAAAAAAAAAAAAAGACACUUGUUAUGGCAAGAAACAUGAUCAGAGAGGGGACUUUACCUGGAAAGUUGAGGCAAAUAUUCAGGAUCUGUCCAAUAUCUAUUGGAUCAGCAGGUGGCAGUGCUGUGCCACUAUAAGGGACCAUAGUGCAGAUACUUGAAUGUUGCCUUGAUACUUGAAUGUUCCCCCCAUUAAAGAAAAAAAAAGUAAUUAUUAAUUGAUUGCAUCAGUGUACUUAUGAUCUGUUUCACUGUAUCAUCUACUUAAAUCAGAGUUAUGAAAAGUAUUCACCCAUUGUCACUGUCUUUGUGUGAGAUCACCAGUGGUGGAAGAAGUAUUCAGAACAUUUACUUGCUACUAACUAAAAGUAACAAUACUAUGCUGUAAAAAUACUCUAUUACAAGUAAAAGUCCUGCAUUCAUAAUUUGACCAAAGUCAUAGGAUGAAAGUCAUUAUGCAUUUUAUACAUUUUGUUACUGUCUAGGACAUAGUUAAAUAUACACUACAUUAAUAUACUUAGUAAGAUGAUCAUUUACUUUGUAUGUUAAAUGAUAAUCUGUAAAGUAACUAGUAGCUGUUAAAUGAAUGUAGUGAAGUAAAAAGUGCAACAUUUUCCACUCAAAUGUAGUAGAGUAUAAAAGGGAAAUACUGAAGUACAGUUCUUGAGUAAAUGUACUUGCUUCUAACCUCUGCAGAUCAUAUUUUUGCCUUCAUUACCUCAAAAGCAAUACAUAAAUACUGUAAUGUGGACUUCAGUUAAGUGAAAUGAGAAUUAAACACUUCCUUUCUUUUGGCAAAAGAUUUGUAUUUUAAUGAUUAUUUUCAGGGGCAAUACUACUUACAGGUACUCUGGAUUAGGUGUUGUAUCAGAGCACAGUCAACUGUAUUAUUAUCAAGACAGAGUCAAAAAUAUUAUAUAUUUUUUAUUGUUGUCUACUUGUGUAUGUCACUUUAUGGUAGACAGCAGCCGUUCCCAAUUGUUUUGGCCCUUAAAAUGAGUUACACUAGUGACGUAUCAUCACAGAUUAAGGCCAUAAGAGUGAUUUUUCUUUUUGUUUUAAAGGAUUUUAGUGGCCUAAGGAGGUGAAAAUAAUGAUUUCAUAAGAAAAAGUGAAAAAGGGUUAGGGUUAGAAUUAAUGAAUCAUCUUGCAAUCCCUCAGAUUUACCCUGUGUUUGGGGCCCACUGCUAUAAGGGACCAGCAACAUGUAUAGCAUUUUGAACUCAUUACACCAUAAGCAAGAUAGUGUGUUUCUCUAGCUUGCGUGCUUUGGAUAAAGCCACCUCACAGGAGAGAACAUUUCUUACAGUUACAUUAUUAAGCUGAAUUCAUGUGGUCCAUCUUUCAGAAGCUUAAGUGUGAAAUAGAGUUUAUCCCAAAUGAGUUCAAGUUGAGAAAAUAGUGGAGUUAGUGAGGGAGUUUAGAGUACUGACGGUUUGGCACAGACUACCUGUGGUUCCUCUUAAAUUUGGAACACAUGAUGCUGCUUGUUGGAUUAGUCG